AUGAGAAUAACAAUUAUUCUAUUCGCUGUCAGAAUUUGGUCUUUGCCAAUUGAAAUCAGUUCCAGGGAAACUGUGCCAAACGAUUUUACAUCUUUCACAGAUGUUAUUGAUUUGACUCAAGAACACCAACCAUUUUAUGGAGAGUAUAAAAAUAUUAAUGUAAAAUCAAGUAAGCUCAUAAGUUUGGGAUUAGUUGAACUGAACCCAAAUUCAAGAAUUUUUGACGAAGAAUCUUUGAAAUAUUAUAUUACUAACAACGAAGGUGAUUUUCCUUCGGUUGAUGUCUAUGAUUUCACCCAAUCUAUUGAAUCAGUUGAUAAUGAAUUCCAAACGCCUAUUUCUCCCUUACUCCAACAAUCCAACAAAGACGGUACUGGUUCAAUCGAUGCAGGUGUAAGUAUUGGUUUUGCCUUAUCCGCCAAACCAAAAGCAUCGGUCACUGCUACAGUUUCACCUACAACUAAUCUCGGUUUCCUGUUCACUAUUAAAACCACAUCAACCAUAAAGAUAGGUGGCUCUAUUGGGGUUUCAUCGAGCUGUAGUGCAAAAGAAGGACGAUCUGUUCAACAAUUUCUUGCUGUUACUACUACUCAAUUAGAAAAUAUUAAACUUCAGAAAAUACAUUGGGAUGGUAGUAAUUGGGUCAAGCACCCCCAAGAGACUAUUUCCAUGGAUGUCAAUCCUGUUCCGAGAAUACUUUGUAUAACCAUAUAA